CCGGAAAACAGACCAUUUUUCUAGAUUCACCCUCAGACCAAACUAACAAUUUCCUCUGGAUGAGUCCAGCUACAGGAGAUAAAAGUGGAAUACUAUAACACUGCUGCUCAUACCUGCUGACACUGCACACAUUGAAUCUUUACUCAAAAACUAAAUGGCUUCUGUGUCCGAGGAGGAUCUCUGCUGUCCGGUCUGUCAAGAGGUCUUUAGUGAUCCUGUUGUUCUCACAUGUAGCCACAGCUUCUGUAGAGGCUGUCUGAAUAGCUGGUGGGAAGAGAAACAAACACCAGAAUGUCCAAUUUGUAAGAGAAGAUCUUCAAGAGAAUAUCCAACGUGUAACCUGGUGUUAAAGAACCUUUGUGAGGCCCUUUUACAGGCAAGAGAUCAGAGAUCUGCAGAGGUUCUCUGCACUUUGCACACUGAGAAACUCAAACUCUUCUGUCUGGACCAUCAGCAGCCAGUGUGUGUUGUCUGCAGAGACUCAGAAAAACACACCGACCACAGAUUCAGACCCAUUGAUGAAGCUGUACGGCAACAGAAGAAGGAGCUUAAGGAAGCUCUGGAGCCCAUAAAAGAGAAGUUAAAGGGUUUUGAACAAGCUAAAGUGAGGUUCGCUCGAAAAGCAGAACACAUUAAGGUCCAGGCCUGGCACACAGAGAGGCAGAUUCAGGAGCAGUUUAAGAAGCUUCACCAGUUUCUAGAAGAGGAAGAGGAGGCCAGGAUCACUGCAUUGAGGGAGGAGGAGGAGCAGAAGAGUCAGACGCUGAAUGAGAGGCUGGAUGUUCUGAGCAGAGAGAUAGCAGGUCUUUCGGACACAGUCAGAGUCACAGAGGAGGAGCUGAGAGCAGAAGCCGUCUCAUUCCUGCAAAAAUACAAUGCUGCAAUGGAAAGAGUCCAGGAGCGCACCCUGCUGGAUGUGCCACAGCUGCUCCCAGAAGCUCUGCUAGAUGAGGCCAAACACCUGGGAAACCUGACCUUCAACAUCUGGAAAAAGAUGAAGGACAUUGUCUCCUACACUCCUGUGGUUCUGGACGCAAACACUGCUGAUCCAAGACUCAUCCUGUCUGAAGAUCUGACCAGUGUGAGAGAAGGAGAGAGACAGCAGCUUCCUGUCAAUCCAGAGAGGUUUGAUUAUUACCGCCUUGUCCUGGGUUCGGAGGGCUUCAACUCAGGGACUCACAGCUGGGAUGUCGAGGUUGGAGAGAGUGCAUUGUGGGAAGUGGGUGUGUUAUCAGAGUCUGUCCAGAGGAAGGGAGUCAUACAGUCUGGAUUUUGGGGAAUAUGGUGCUGUAGAGGUGAAUUCUCAUCAUGGUCACCAGAUUCAUCCAGUGAGCUCCCAAUGCAGAAGAAGCUCCAGAGGAUCAGAGUGAAUCUGGACUGGAACAGAGGAAAGCUCUCGUUCUCCGAUCCUAAUACCAACACGCAUAUACACACCUUCACACACACUUUCACUGAGAAGCUGUUUCCAUAUAUUGACACUUGGGAUGAAGUCCCAGUGAAGAUCUUACCACUGAAGAUCUCUGUGACAGUGGAACAGAGCAGUUAAAGAUAAAGAGGCUGAUUAAAAUUAUUAUUGUAUUUAUUUCCUAAAGGGAAAAGUCAAUGACUUUAACCUCUUAAACUACACCUGUCCUCCUGCUUUCUCAUUAUACCAAAGGUAUGUUUAGUUUUCUUUUAGUUCUCACUGUUUUUUAUUUUUGUUUUGUUCUUUAGUAGUGUAAGAAUUUGCUUUUUCUUUCUAUUGUUGAUCUUUUCAUAUGUGUGAAAUGAUUUCGCUCAUUUUCUGAUCUUUAUAUUUGGAUUGUUUAGCGUUUUUAUUGUUAUGUUAUUCUUACUAUGUCAUUUUAAGUUAUUA